GUAGCUAAACAACUGCUUUUAAAAAACGUGGACGAACCAGGUGCAAAGGAACAAUUAACCACCUGAAAUCUAACUUCUAAUAUAAACCACUCCCUCCUCCGGGUCAUUGUCAAUCACCUGACCGACUGUGUCAACUGCCGUCAACACGGACGCCAUCGCUCCUGUUGUGCUAAAGCAAGGAAGACUGAAAUCAAAGUCUGACAGGCUGCUGGCUUGCUGAGCUAUCUUUGACCAUAUGUGCUGUACCUAAUGUCCAUGGAUCCAUAUCACUACCAGGAAGUAACUCAUACUGUACCACCUUAUGUCGGGAACUCUCCACUCUCCCUUUCAGGCAAUCCGUGAUGGACUCCAGGUCUCGAAGACUUCCUUUUUGUCUGCCCAGCUCAAGGUCAUCCUACACAUCCAGUCCAACAGUUUCCUCCUCAUCACUGGCCUCCAGUAGGUUGUACAGUAGGGAGACUGUGCUGAAUAAUGACCGCUUCCCGAGGGCAUCAUCAUCAGCUUACAAAGCAGAUCUGGACCAUCAGAGUUCUCGUCUCCUGAGCUCGUCCAGAGACUACAGCAGCUCUGACAGUCGCUCCACCAGCUGGAAGUUGCCCUCUUCUCUGACAUCCUCCAGCAGAGCUUAUGAUCGCCCGUGGGCUGAAUCCUCUCUCAGCAGCAGGAGCAAACUGACUGAUUCUGAGAGCAGGUUGGGGAUGCGAUCCGGUCUGUUGAACGUCAGUGAUGAUGGCGAUUCUAAAAGGGCCAAACUGUCAUACAGCAACAGAGGACUGUACUCAAGAACGCCCAGCACCUCCGUUACAGGACCCACCUAUUCCAGUACUAGGCUCAGCAGUGACAGAGGUACAGGUGGAAAACAAAAUGACACUUAUGAUUCUUCGUGGAGCUCAUGCCGUUUACUCUCACGGUCUUCCUCUUCUUCAAAUCCGCUGUUGUCCAGGAGAGAGCUAGAGACAAAGAACGAGCCCAGCCUCUCAGGUUUGGGAGAAAGAAGGAAUAGGACUCAAGGAUUGGCUUCCCCAUCGUAUCAGACAGACAGGAUGACCUCUACUUAUGCACAGGGAGCUCGUCCUAAAGAGACUGGCUACUCUCCCUCCUUUUCUUCCUCCUCCUCCACUGCUAGAGAAAGCUCCCUAAAUCGCCACCUCUCAUCUUCCACCUCCUACCGAUCUUCUCUUCUGGUGCGCGACAGCAACAGCAACAGAACCCCUUCCCGUUUCUUGAACGGCUCAUCCACCCUCAACUCGUCUCAAGAACAAACGAGAAACCCUGUCUCCUCUUCAGAUAUCUCCACCUCUUACUCCUCACGCACCUCCAGGUACACUGCUCCCCUGCCCAGACCAGAGGCCACGCUCCCGCCGAGGCCGGCCCCUGAAGGUGGAGAGUCAGAUGGCCGUAGCUCCACUCGACGCCUUUUGUCUCGUCUCUUUUCGCGGCGCUCCAGCCAAGACUCUUCCAGCGGUUCUUCCAGUGUUCGCUCACUUGAUGAUGACACUCCGUCAACUGGUGGAGAGUCUGUGGACAGUGACGAGGGAGCCAGGGUGUCUAGUGUGGAGCCUGACACUAGAGGGUCAGAGGCAACCAUGGGUAGCCUCAGGAAUCGUAGAGCAGACCUCGCCCCUAUCCAGGAAAACAACGACGGCUAUCGCAGUGGCCCGGCUCAAUCCAGAACGACAUCAUGGCGAGAGCCUGGCGUCGGCAGUAGUAAUAACACCAGCAGUGGAGGAGGCAGCAGCUACUCCUGGCUUUCGUCCUCCCUCCGUGGCCGCUGCCCUCCCCUCCUCUCUCGCCUCCGAAGACAUGCUCAGGGUGAGAGUGCAAACUCUGCUGCAGGCUUAGAAGAAUGCUACGGUUGUCCGCAGCAUUUAAUGAGAAGGUGGGAUAACCUUGAGCAUAAAGUAACGCAGGAAGAUGACGAUGAAGACGAAGAAGAAGAUGAGGAGGAGGAGGAGGAGGAAGAAGAAGAUGAUGAUGAAGGAGCGGUCGGUUUAGAGGCCUUUGGCGCAGGUCAUCCCUGCAGACUCGAGAAUGAAACGUUAUCUGAACUCGAAGAUACCGCAGUUGAAUUUUCGCCCCGCCGAAGUGUCGGAGUAUAUGACAACAUUUCAGCCUCUUUGGGUCCUUUGGGUGUUGAGAGCCAGUUGGAUGGCCAGAGGGUGAAACCCGUUUCCACUGUCGAUCAAGAGAAGCUGCGCAAGAUCAAGGAGAGACUGCUGCUGGAGGAUUCUGACGAGGAAGAAGGCGACCUGUGCCGAAUCUGCCAGAUGGGGGAGGAGUCGGCAUCCAACCCCCUGAUUCAGCCUUGUCGCUGUAUAGGCAGUCUGCAGUACGUCCACCAGGAUUGCAUCAAGAGGUGGCUCCGCUCCAAAAUUGGCUCCGGGACAAACCUCGAGGCAAUCGCAACAUGUGAACUCUGCAAGGAGAAACUGCGUUUGAACAUAGACAACUUUGACAUUCAAGAGUUAUACAGGACACAUGUGCAAUCGGAAUAUGAUGAGUUCAUCAGCAGCGGCCUCUAUCUGGUGGUGCUGCUGCAUUUCUGUGAGCAGAGGUUCUCUGAUGUGCUGGGAGCAGUUGAUGCAGCUGGGUUAUUCAACCUGGUGAGAAUUCUUCAUGAACACAUGGACAAUCUUGAAAUUCCCAAUGGGGAAAGUGACGAGGAGUUGCGAGACAACAGACCAUCUAUUGAGUUUUCUGACCUCGACGACGAUCUCGAAGAAGAGUACUAAUUCUGUAAAAGUGGUGGAUUGAGGGUUGAGAGAAAAAGAAAAAAAAGUGGGUCAUUCCAUGCCAUAUGGUCGCUCACCCAGUUUUCACACAUGCUUUGACAUUGUCAUGUUCAUCUGAAAUGCAUCGGCAGUGAGAAAUGCCAAGUACACAGAACGUCUCGCCUUUUGUUGCAGGUGGCUUUUGCUGAUAUGCAAAUUUGAAAAAUGAACUAGUGCGUAAAACAUAUUUUGGUUGACACCACUGUAUUUCUGUUUAUAUGAGAGUGCACUUUAUUCAAUUAUAAUUCAAUAAAAAAUGCAAUUCUUUUAACUGUUACCACAAGUGCUUUAAUGUUUAAAUGAAGAGGCAGGAAUCAGAAAAGCACAGAGGGACAACAGUGUCAGUUUGUAUUUAAGUUGUGACGGUAAGAUGGAAGCUUUUGGGAGAGAAUAUUAAAGUGGUGAUUAUUCCUUUUAUUGUCGGUGUUCCUGACUUUUCCCACUGACGAUAUAGUUAAAGAAAAGAAAACGUAAUCCCAUUAACAAAUGUAAUUCAUCUUUGUGUCAGUGUUUGAAAUGCUUUGUGUCAAUACACAUAGAUUCAUGCUUUCAAUUUUGGAAAUAAAGAUUGAAUGCAAACUGCC